CAGCUGGCUUUGUAGGUCACUGACCUCAGCGGCAGGUUAGCUAACUCUCUUGGAGUCUAUGUUUUUGGUGGUGUAGGAGGCUGGAAGAGCUCAUCGCUUGCAUUAUUUCUCCUGUCGACAUCUCGGUGUUGUGUUUAGUGGCGACGGUGUCAAGGAGUAGAGACCAGCGUUUCAUCUUUUCUCUCACAAACAACUACUGCAUUCUUCUCGGUUCACCUCAGUUUGCCGUGUUUUCAAGGGAAACCAGGAAUAAAGACAUCAUUCUAAUGAAUAAACGUUCCACGACAGAUUGCUUCCAGUCAGCAAAAAGUUUUUUCUCGGAACGGACCGUAAAGACUGAACAUCUGAGGGAAAGUCGAAUCUUGAACUUUGGUUUGCCUCCGUCUCACCUCCUCUCCCUGUAAAAACAGCGACUUGCAGUGUCAACACUUUAUCUUCUUUCCGAGCAGGACAGACAAUUCGUGACCAGUCUCCAAGAUGAAGUUCGACCACAUCGUCACAGAGCUUGGCGACUUUGGAACAUUCCAGAAGCGCGUGUUGCUGUUGCUAAGUCCCGCCGCCAUGUCCUGCGGCAUCCAGAUCAUGAUUUCAGUCUUUAACGUGGGCGUGCCGUGGCACAGGUGUGCAUUGCCAGGUUUCCAUGACGACACGUGGGAGCUGCAAGGAGCCGCACAUGCCAACAUUGUGAACGCUUCCAUUCCCUUGGAUCCGGACCUCGCUGACGACGGUGGAUACUCUCGCUGCCAGAUGCGUUUCCAUGACAACGUCACUGCGGAAACAAGUCUGACUUCUUGUUCUCGUUAUGUCUACGACCAAUCGACGUACGCCUCCUCCAUCGUAACCAAGUGGGACCUGGUGUGCGACAAAGGACUUCUGCGUUCGCACUGCCGUAUGAUCGUUAUGGCUGGUCUUCUGGUUGGCUCUAUCACUACAGGUAUCAUCGCUGACAUGAUCGGCCGCAAGAAGGCGCUGAUGGCCGUGGUGGCGCUGCAUGCGUCGUCCAGCAUCGCUGUGGCCUGGGCUCCGUCCUUCACUGUCUACGUCAUCAUUCGCUUUCUGACCGGUGUCAGCAUCUCGGGAAUGUUUCUGGUCCUCUUUGUUUUGAUUAUGGAACUCGUGGGGCCCAGCAAACGUAUGCUCGUUGGCAUGGUUGUGAUGAUCUUCUGGUCGGCGGGGGUGAUGAUACUUGGCGGAAUAGCCUACGCUGUUCGCGACUGGGACAAGCUGCAGAUGAUUGUGUCCUUCCCGAUCCUCCUGCUGGGAGGGUACUGGUGGGUCAUCCCCGAGUCACCAAGAUGGCUGUUGUCCAAGAACCGUGAGGUGGAAGCAGAGGACAUCAUUCGCCACGCAGCUCGCGUGAACGAGGCACAACUUCCGCUGAAAUUAUUUGAUGGCAAAAACGGCGAUGAUGUGAAGGAAACGGAGAAGCUCUGGCAUGCAUUCACGUCCCCGGUUCUGGUUCUCCGCUGCACCAUCCUGUGUUUGAACUGGAUGGUUUGUUCUUUGGUGUUCUACGGACUGAGUCUCAACUCUGGCAAUCUGGGUGGCAGCGUCUACGUCAACUUUCAGUUGAUGGCCAUCGUGGAAGUCAUCGCGUACGUCCUCUGCCUGCUGCUGCUCAAUUACGUGGGCCGGAAGUUGAUGUACAUCACGUGCAUGAUGACUGGUGGUGUCGCCUGUCUCAGCAUCAUCCUGCCCGUCCUCUGCUCUAGCAGCGAGUUACAACUGUGGCUGACCAUCAUUCUGGCUCUAGUGGGAAAGCUGGGGGCCUCGGCGGCCUUUGCCAUCAUCCACAUUUACUCUGCGGAGCUCUCGCCGACUUCCCUCCGGAACUCCCUGAUGGGCUUUGCGUCCCUCUUUGCCAGAGUGGGCGGCAUGAUCUCCCCUUACAUCGCAGACCUCGACCGUCUUGUCAACGGUCGUAUAGGGCGGGCGCUGCCGCUGAUGGUGUUCGGCUCAGUCACCAUAGGAGUCGGACUGUUGUGCCUUUUACUUCCUGAGACUCUCAACAGCCACUUGCCGGAAACCGUACAUGAUGCCAAAAUGUUUGGCAGAAAACAUGUUCGAGAUGCCUCGUCUUCGGAAAACAGCGAAGAAAAGGUUAACAAAGAUGACUGCAAGAUGAAUCAGAAACUUCUAACCGCUUCCCAAGCGUAGGAAACAUCAAAAUUACGCAAUGCGCAACAUAAUGUAGGUGUUUCAGCAACCUGGGUAUCCAUAACAAAAAUGUCGGCAACUUCAGAAUAUGUUGCUAUUGCUGAACGUCGUAUGCUGCAUAUCGUUGGGUAUAUUUAAAGAUAUCUAUAUGUAUACCAUUUAAAGAUUUUACAGCUUUUUAUAUUUGUUUUAUAUCGCUUUUGGCAAUUUUUAUGUUUAUCAUUUUCUGUCCAUUGCAUCCCCUUAACGUACCAAGAAUUUCUGCUGUGAAAAGCACCCUCGAGUUUUUUUCUUUCUUUUUUUUUUUUGGUGUGAAAAUUAUCUUCUCUAAAUCGUGUCCCUGCAAUCUUUUGGCCUUUAUCACCUGUAAUAGUUGGCAUCCUUUACCUCGGACCUCAGGUGACUGACUAUUCGCUCUUUUUUUGAGACUUGAAAGUAAGACUUCAGAAAAUGGCUUGACUGAUGUACUGAAAAUUGUCUGUUAGCAACAAAGUAAAGUGUGUGUACUAACCGUGCAAGUGCACUCAUAUACGAGUGCGACGUUAACGUUCGACAAACUGCUGUUGUUGUUUUAUUAUUAGUAUUAUUAUUAGUAUUAACAUAGUACUAGCACAUGUCUGUGUGGUAAUCGACUAAUCCUCCUCUAAACACCACAGUUUCAAAAGCUGCAUAUACUAAGUUUUUGUUUAUUGUAUAUUAUUUUUAUUGUAUAUCAGUGGGGAGAGCAAAGUUUUCUUUUCAUUGGCUUGUCUCAAAAUGCGGAAGGGCCAGUAACAUACUUAAAAA